UUGGGCUGAAAAGGGUCACUAGUACAAUACUUAUACCCACAAACACAAUCUCUAGAUUCACCCUAUCAUUUACCAAAAUACUGAAGUAACGCUGACAGAAAAACCCACAAAUCUCUCUGUGUGUAUUGAUUUCAGCGUUAUUCUAAGUCGGCAAUUUCGAUUCUGCAAUUCUGUCACUCAUCGGUUACAAUCAUGGGGAGUACCAGCAACUGGAGAAGAACGCUUGGCAACGUUAGAUCCUUCGCCAGCAAUUCGAUGGGAGGUUUGAGAGGCGGAAGCAACCUUGCUUCAUGGGUCGUCGCCGGAACCCUAGCCUACUUCCUCUGGAUCAAACCCUCACAAGAUCUCAAGCGUGAACAACAGGCAAAAGCUGCUCUUGCUGCCUCAACCCCUGAUCCUUAUCGAUACGUUGAGACUCGGAAACCAAUUCCAGAUCCUCAGGUCACUGGUUUGAGAUAUGGAAAGAAGAACAAGGACAAAUCAGAUGAACCAGAGGGUUAGCUUGUAAGUUUUACUUGACUUACUUCUGGUCUAGGGGUCAUAAUUGAAAUAAUUAACAGUGAGGCAUAUAUCGUGUUUGGGUAUGGGGUCAGUUUCAACUUUCAACUUGGCACUACUCUCCAUUAACAGUGAGGGAUAUACUAAAUGUUACAAUUUGUGAUAUAGCUGUUCCUGACUGGAUAUAUAUGAGGAUAUAGUUAAUAAGGGACUCUGUUUCACAUAGCAGAAGCGCACUACCUAUCAAGCCAUUACCUUGCCAUCCCUUCACAUGUUAUAUUGUUAUUUCUUUAGUUUUCAGAAUGGAUGUCUGUAACAUUCCAUGUAACAUUCCAUCCUUCAGGAGGCAUGCUAUUAUAAUAAAUAGGUCUUUCUGCCUCUACUCAUGAAGCAAUGUUAGGGAUAACACUGUUUCAUUAUAUUCCAAAGAGCUGUAGACUAAGGCCCUGUUUGGAAGAACAUAUUUGAGCUUAUCUUAUGGUAUAAGGGCUUAUGCAGUUA